GUGCAGUUAUUGCUGUGCUUGAUUCUGGGACCGACUGAAAUAUACCUGGGACAGUCCUUGAGCUCUGUAGUAGCAAGAUCAUAAAGAUGUGUGGUGGACUUCUCUCACACUCAUCAAUGCUCUGUGCUUUUUCUAUGGUUGUGCUUCUUCAUUCAGUACUUUCUGCUGACAGUGACAGAGCUCAAAGAAAAAUUGUCCAUGUUACUGAGGACGAGACCGGUGAAGUUAUUGUACAAACAGCACCAGGUGUAGUGACCACACAUCGUGGUGGCACCAUAAUUCUUCCUUGUCGUUAUCAUUAUGAGCAUUCUGGAGAGGAGCCUGCACCAGUACGCAUAAAAUGGUCCAAGAUCAUUGAGCCUGCAUCCUUUAUUGAUGUGUUUGUAGCUAUGGGCAAGGAAAUGAGAGACUUUGGCUCCUACAAGAACCGUGUUUCCCUUCAAGAACAUGAUCCAGGAGAUGCCUCGUUGAUUGUCCGUAAUGUUACCUUGGCAGAUUAUGGGAGGUAUGAGUGUGAAGUGACCAAUGAGCUAGAGGAUGACACUGGGACUGUCAAACUUGACUUAGAAGGAGUGAUCUUCCCUUAUUACCCACGAUUAGGACGAUAUCGCAUGAACUUUCAUGAUGCUCAGCAGGCUUGCAAACAGCAAGAUGGAAUCCUUGCUUCUUAUGACCAGCUUCAUGAAGCUUGGCUGAAUGGCCUUGACUGGUGCAAUGCUGGUUGGUUGCAAGAUGGCUCUGUGCAAUACCCAAUCGCCAAACCACGGGACGAAUGUGGAAAAAAAGAAACCCCUACUGGAGUUAGGAACUAUGGAUACCGUCACAAGGAAGAUGAGCGUUAUGAUGCCUUCUGUUUUACAUCAAAUCUCAAUGGUAAAGUUUACUUUUUGAAGACAUAUCACAAGAUGAGCUUCCCAGAUGCCACAAAGGCCUGUGAAAAAAAUGGUGACUUUGUAGCCAAAGUAGGCCAACUGUAUGCUGCCUGGAAGCUGCAGCUUAUGGACAGGUGUGAAGCUGGAUGGAUUGGUGAUGGCAGUGUCCGCUACCCUAUUGUGAACCCACGGACAAGGUGCGGGGGUACGGAGCCUGGUGUGAGAAACCUGGGCUUUCCUAGUAAAAAGUACAAAUUAUUUGGGGUCUACUGUUUUAGAGGCAAAGAGGAGAAGGAACAGAGUACAGAGAAUGAAAACAUAAAAAAGGAAAUCAACAAAUGGAAGUCUAACCAUGUGUAGACUGCAUGAUGAUUUGGCAUGGCAAAAAUGAAUAUACUGGAUGCUAGGUGAAAAUCCAUAUGUGCUUACUUUUAUCAACAUGCAAACUCGUUCAUUGAAAGAAUGCAUUUCCUCAACCAGAUUAUAAAUGAGCAUCAUAUUUAGCG